AUGCAUUCUUCUACCAUUGCAGCCAUUUUGGCAUUUACUGUCGGCAUGACUGUGAAUGCCGUGCCUGUUGUUCGCCCGGAAGGCACUCCCGAGCCUCCAGCUGAUCGACUUCGGACAACCCUUGAGAAUUCUGGCGCUCAGCCUCAGCUGCGUUGUAUUAACAGCAUCAGAAGCGAACUUGCUGAAAAUGAAUUCACUACCCCUUCAGUUGGGAAGAGAGACCAUCCGUACAAGUCUCCUCCUGCCUGUGGCGAUAUGACCGAAAUAUCCAUUGGAAUACCCUGCAUUAGCUCAGACCUUACCGACGAGCUCAAUCGCCAACCCAACCCCGUUUCCCUUCCCGGUGCUGCCAACGCACGAGUUAUCAAAAGAGACCCUCAGCGCCGACCCGGUAACGAUGAUCGCAUGGGAGGCCAUCUCGGGAUUCCGGACUCUCCAACUCUCGAAGAAUUGCUAGACAGGGAGAAGCAAGCCGGCUUCCGCAAGGAAAAGAGGCAGUCCCACGACAAAACCCGCCCGCUUCUUCUUCUCGACCCUAAUGCCAAGGGCGAUUUUGACGACAGUUGUUGA